AUGGGGGUCCUCCUCGGGGCCAAGAGCGGGUCGCCCUCCACACUCCUGGCAGCCUUCAUCCUGAGUGUUUGCUUCUUCUCGACCGAAGCCGCCUUUAAGCGGACAAAUAUCACGGUGGACCCACCAAAGCCGAUGGAAGGAGGAAGCGUCCGCCUCAUCCCAGUCACCUUACCUCCAGUCCCAUCGAUCUGCCGUUGGUUCCGAGGGAAAAGGGAUUAUAAUAAUACCAUCCUGAGCUAUUACUUCUAUCCAAGCCCGGGCGCUUGGGAGGCGGCACAAUACACGGGGCGAGAGACCAUGAGGCCUGACUGCUCCCUUGAGAUCACAAACUUAAACAUCACUGAUCUUGGAAACUAUAUAGUCCUGAUCGAUGGGCCUGAAGGAAUUCGGAUAGGAAGCGUGGAGCUUAUCGUCCAUUAUCCACCAGACGAGGAGCCCAAAGUGUCUGCCCGGGGAGUCAACAAAAUGACUAUUAUUGGCGUGGUCUUUGGGAGCCUGAGUGCCGCAGUGGUCCUGGGCAUGCUGGUUUUCGCCAUUUACAGUGAGUCAAACUCUGGAACAAUGAGGAAGUCCCUUGUGGUUUUUCUCGCCGAGGAUUUCCAACCAUUUCUAGAGCUGCAUCCCAGUCCUCAUAGGAGAGGGCCCUUGAAGAUGUUGAUGGAUCACGCCUGA